AUGUCUAAUUCCCCUUUAACAAAAGUACCAACUUCUGCGCUGUCUCCCGUGUCGGCUUUGGCAUUUAGAAAGCCAGAUCAAGUUCCUCAGGCACUCUCCAAGUAAGCCAUAGACUUGCAGAAUACCUUGAAUAAACUCAAGGAGGCAAAAUAAAAGAAACUACAACUUUCAAAUUCCAAUAUUGUGGUGUAAUCCAUAACCAAUCCAGUCAGCAGUCCUCAAAAAGUUAAAGACUCUGAAGAAUCGGAACCUAUGCAAAUUUAAUACAAAUCCUUAUUUAAGGAUAUCGAAUCCCCAUUGAUGAGUCAACCAAAAACCUACAACAAAAUGAAUGAUUAGGAGGCCGAAUAGAAGUACGAGCAGAGAAAAAAAUAAAUAAAAGAAUAAAUAGACAGAACCAAGUCGAACAGCAAAAUAAUAUAGAAACCAAAAUAAAAGCAAAAGAAGACUGUUGAGAACUAAAUUCAAAAAAUAGAUCUCUCCAAAAAUUCCAAUUAAAAAUAGAAACAGGAAUCUGUUCCUGAAGUUAAAACCAUUGCACCCCAAAAACCUAAAGAAGUUUUGCAUGAUCAAUUGAAAGUUAUGCAAAAUAAACUCAAGUAAGACAUAGCCAAACUUGAUAAGCAAAUCAAAGGGGAAAACUAGACUUGUCUGUUCGAAAUUAAGAAUAAAGGACAUGAUUUAUAUUAAUAAGGGUUGUAAAUGGAAGAUAGGAAAUAAUUCAAAUAAAAGAUUCACGAGAGAGAAAAAAAACAAAAGGAGAUGUAAGAGUGCACAUUCAAACCAUAAAUCAGUCAACCCAAGACUUUAAACAAUCAAUCGCGAUAAGUGUAGUCAAGAAUACAGUAAAAUGAAUCUAAACUAUAACUCAAAUGUUAGAGUCACAGGGAUGGCUAGGUAACUUCCAAAAGAUUAUCCUGUUCUCCUUCUUAAGAUCAAAUUAAUAGUACAACAAUGACCUAAACAAUGAAUAAUACGAAUGACAUCCACUCUUACUUAAAUAGAAUUCAAGAUAAAUAUUAACAAAUAGUGAAUAGAGCAAAUGCUUUAAAAAUUAAAGGACUUUGA